AAAAUAUGGAUGAUGAGAAGGAAAAAAAUUAAGAAGGAAAACACAGAUAAAGCUAAGCGCCAUGUAUGGAAAUCUUCAGAGGACAAAAUACUGCUGAAUAUAUUAAAAGAUCAAAGCCUACAUGGAGGAAAAGAAGGAACGGGUUACACAAAGAAAGCAUGGCGUGAUAUCUUAGAACAAUUCAAUGAUUCAUGGGUAGAAAAACUUGAAUUACAACAACUAAAAAAUUGUCAUAAGUACUACAGGAGUUGCUACAGCACCAUGGACAGACUUCUAAAACUCACGGGAUUUGGUUGGGAUGACGAUGAGAAAAUGAUAAAAGCUCCAGAAGAUAUUUGGGAAGAACUAAUUAAGGUAAGUUUGUUCGAGUAGAAUUCAUAUAAAGUUUCCAUAUCCUAUUAUUAACAAAAAAACAUUAAACAACUUGCAGAAGGAUAAGGCUAUCCAAGAAUAUCAAGAUAAGGUGUGGCCUAGUUGGAUAGAUCUUCAAGCCAUAUGUGCUAGUUCAACAGCAUCUGGAGCUGGUGCUGUAUCUAGCAAAGGAAAAGAUGGUACAUGUAUGACCAAAUCUUCGCAAAUUGAUCUCAAUACGGAAGUUGAAGUACAUGACAUUGAUUCUGAUGAAAUCAAUGCUUCCCCUGGUGUCUUCACCAAGAAGUCAACUACCAUUGAGCCAGAAAAAAGAAGUCACUUGGAAGUGGAUCCAAGGAAACUGCAAGAGGACAAAAACGGACAGCCGAUGAUGCCAUAAUAGCAAUUGAUCGCCUUGCAGAUGCAUCACUUAGCAUUGCUGAAGGAAAGAAAAUAGUAGCACAACAAACUGAAGCUUACUCGGUUAAAUCUUGUAUGGCAAUAUUAAAUAGUAUGAGUAAUCUAGAUCCCCAAAGAGAAACUAAAAGCGGUAAAGGCAUUUACAGAUGGUGAUAAACGGGCCAUUUUCAUUGAGAUGGAUGAAGCUCUGGAUUCUUGAUCCUUAGAAUUUUUGUAAUACACCUUUGAGCAUAUUAUUUAUUUCAGUCGUUGUCACACUUUACAAGAUUCAGAAAACAAUUUCACUUAUGUUUUGUCAGUUUGUGUGAAGUAAUAAAUAUUGUUUUCAGUUUGGUAUUGUUCAUUGUCCGGUUCAGCACUAUUACAUUUUGAAGCAAUUAUCCAGAGAUGAUAUGGUCAACUGUGCAAAUCGUGCAGGGAUCUAUGAACAUUUCGGAUGUGCCAGAUGAUGAACUUUCUAAUUCCGAGCAAGUGCUUAUUAAUAACAUUUCUGCAGUGUCCUUGUUUCGCGAUGUGUUGUUCACAAGGUUAUUCAGAACACCCCGCAACACUUCUAUAUUAACUGGUGCUCAGAAAACAAUAGAGUUUUUAGAGGGACAUCCAGUUAGAUUUUAUGAACAAUUUCGUCUUGAGAAGCACACAUUCUACUUGUUGUGGGAUGCUUUGUGCGAGAGGAAGUUACUUAAGGAUACAAAUCGAAUGACAGUGGACGAACAACUACUCAUGUUUCUACAUACAAUUGGUCACAAUGUUAGAAACCGUGUCAUCCAAGAUAGAUAUCAGCAUUCUGGCGAACCAAUCAGCCAACACUUCAACAAAGUUUUAGAUGCCAUAAAUGGUUUGCGUGAUGUUUGCAUAACAGAUCCAAGCAAUCAAAUCCCAUCAAAAAUAUUGGGUGACGCAAUAUUCUACCCAUAUUUAAAGGUAUGUUUGCUAUUAGAAGCAGAUACUCCUUUACAUAAGAUUUUCAUAAAUAGAAGGUCGACACCAUCUAAACUUUAUUGUUUGACUAACAAAAAAUCCCAACAGAACUGCCUAGGAGCAAUUGAUGGGACACAUAUUGAGGCAAAAGUCAGGCUUGAUAAGUAAACUCCUUAUAGAAACAGACAUGGUUAUCCGUCUCAAAAUGUAAUGGCAGUAGUGUCAUUUGACAUGACAUUCUCUUAUGUCGCUGCUGGAUGGGAGGGUUCUGCAUCGGAUCAAGCUGUUCUAAGAUGGGUUGUGACUAGUGGGGGUUUAGUUGUUCCUGAAGGUAAAGUACAAUUAUUUGUGUAUCUACAAUAUAUAUAAAGAUGCUGAGUUUGAUAUGAAAUUAAUGUGCAGGUAAAUUUUACCUUGUUUUCAGGCUAUGCAAAUACUCCAAGAUUUAUUACCCCGUAUCGCGGAGAUCGCUAUCAUAUU